UCAAUUAGUAACCAACUAUAUAUUAAUAGGAAUUACUAAAAAUGACUUUCUUCUUUAAAAUAAUUAUCUUCACAACUCCUUUGUUGUUAGUUUUGUGGGCAGAUGGUGUUUAUUCUGAUAAAAAAUGUGCAGCUCGGAAGAUAGAAGACCGAUCCGUAGUCUGCGUAUGUAAUGUGACUUAUUGCGACGAGAUUACGAGGGAGAGACCUGCUGAUGGUUCAUACAUAGCUUACACUACGUCGAAGGCAGGCUCCAGAUUUCUGAAAAGUUCCGGCGAAUUAGAAACCUGUGACAGUGAUGAUCUAUUCACAACGGUACUCACCUUGGACCCGGAUACAAAAUAUCAGACCAUAGAAGGUUUCGGCGGAGCACUGACCGACUCUGCUGCUAUCAACUGGAAAAAUUUAAGCGAUCCACAAUUGAUGCAGUAUCUUAUAGAUUCAUACUUCAGCAGUUCUGGCCUCGAGUACAAUGUAGUGCGAGUGCCUAUUGGUGGAACAGACUUCUCGACGCACGGUUACGCAUACAACGAAGAACCGGUUAACGACGCUGAACUGACUCAUUUCAAUCUUACUUCUGAAGAUUAUGACUUAAAGAUCCCCAUGUUGAAAGAAAUACUGAAAGCGUCAACUGCAUCCAUACAUGUACUGGCAACGACAUGGUCUCCACCGCCUUGGAUGAAGUCAAACAACGCAUUUGUAGGCCAAAGUUAUCUAUUGCCACAGUAUUACAGAACAUAUGCCUUGUAUUAUCUGAAAUUUAUUGAAAUGUACACAAAACUUGGUGUUCCAAUUUGGGGUAUUACUACAACUAAUGAGCCUAUUAAUGGUGUAACAGGCAGUGGCCAAGUUAAUUCACUUGGAUGGCUCGCUGCAGACAUGGGAAAGUGGAUAGUGGAAGAUUUGGGACCACUGAUUAGGAAUUCCACGUUCAAAGAUAUAAAAAUAUUGUGUGUGGAUGAUCAACGCCCUUUAUUACUAUAUUUUUUUAAUGCAAUGGUGAAAGAACAUCCAGAGUCCCUGAAGUACAUAGAUGGAGUUGCGGUGCAUUUUUAUUUGGAUGCCUUGGUUGGUCCCGAAGUGUUCACUGUUAUUACAAACAAUUAUCCUGACAAGUUCAUUAUGGCCACAGAAGGAUGUGCAGGAGCGGUACUUUCGUUUGGUAAAAGAGUCCAGCUUGGUUCCUGGGAGCGAGCAACGGAAUACAUAAAGGAUAUUUUAGAGGAUCUCAAUUACAACUUAGUCGGUUGGAUAGAUUGGAAUUUGGACUUAGACGAAUAUGGAGGUCCAUCUUAUACAAAUGGUAACGUAGAUUCCCCAAUUAUUGUAUUGCCAGAUAGUGGUGAAUUUAUAAAGCAACCGACAUUCUACGUUAUGGGACAUUUCUCCAAGUUCUUACCAAGAGGAUCAAAGAGAAUCGCUGUCGAAGAGAGCAUACCGCUGUCGUCCAAAUCAAUUGAGAAUGUUGCUUUUGUAACUCCUGACAGUACGACAGUUGUUGUGCUUUAUAACAGUGAAUCCAGAGAGAGAGAGGUCAAAGUGAAGUUAAAAGAUCAACAAGCUACGUUAACUUUGGAACCUGAAUCAAUGUCUACCAUUGAAAUUAAUGCAUAAGUGGAAGUAAUUAAGAAGGAUAGUACAAAUAAGAGGUUUUAUUGUUUUUAUUAAUAAGUAAAAAGUUUACUCUGAGGUUUAAAUUAGUAAAUGUGUUAAGGUCCUGUGAUAAAGCGGGU